AGGCAAAAGUUGUCUGGUUGUAGCAGCAGCUCAGAUGAUGAUGAUCAAAGUCUUUCAAACCGGCUUUUCGCUUUAUAUUUGACACUUGAGCUAACUCAAAAGCCAAAAUUUCCACAAUUCCUUCCUACUCGUUUUUCAUUCUUAUCCAUCUUCUCAAGCCUCAGCACUUCUGAAAUCAAAUCAAGCUCCGAAUUUUGUUUUAUUUUUCUGGUUAUUGGGUACUCUAUAUAAAGUUGGUACGAAAGGAUUGGUGUCUUUUGCCUGAAUUGGCCUGAUUCCUGCUGCCGGGGAAAUCGAUCGUUUGGUAAAAGAGAAGCAUCUGCAUUUUUUCAGGAAGUGGUUUUCAAAGGUUGCAGAACUAGUAGAAGAAAAUUCAAGUUAUAGUAAGAGGCAUGAGUCAACCUAAAAUUAAGCGUCGUGUGGGUAAAUAUGAGGUGGGAAGGACCAUUGGCGAGGGGACAUUUGCUAAAGUGAAGUUUGCAAGAAACUCUGAGACUGGGGAACCUGUAGCACUUAAGAUCCUUGAUAAAGAGAAGGUUCUUAAGCAUAAGAUGGCUGAGCAGAUCAAGCGAGAAAUAGCAACCAUGAAGUUGAUAAAACAUCCAAAUGUUGUCCGUCUAUAUGAGGUGAUGGGAAGCAAGACAAAGAUAUAUAUUGUUUUGGAAUUCGUUACCGGGGGAGAGCUCUUUGACAAAAUUGUAAACCAUGGACGGAUGAGAGAAGAAGAAGCACGGAGAUAUUUCCAUCAGCUCAUCAAUGCUGUUGAUUAUUGCCAUAGCAGGGGUGUCUACCAUAGGGACCUAAAGCCCGAAAAUUUGCUGUUGGAUGAUUAUGGUAACCUCAAAGUUUCUGACUUUGGAUUGAGUGCACUAUCUCAGCAAGUCAGGGACGAUGGUCUCCUUCACACUACAUGUGGAACACCAAAUUACGUUGCUCCUGAGGUCCUUAAUGAUAGAGGCUAUGAUGGGGCAACUGCAGACCUUUGGUCAUGUGGCGUGAUACUCUUUGUGUUGCUUGCAGGUUACUUGCCUUUUGAUGAUCCUAAUCUUAUGACCCUGUAUAAAAAAAUUUCAGCUGCUGAAUUCACUUGCCCCCCUUGGCUUUCUUUUAGUGCAAUGAAAUUGAUAACUCGAAUCUUGGAUCCAAACCCAGUGACUCGAAUUACCAUUCCUGAAAUUUUGGAAGAUGAAUGGUUUAAAAAAAAUUACAAACCUCCUGUGUUUGAGGAGAAAGAGGAUACAAACUUAGAUGAUGUAGAAGCUGUCUUUAAGGAUUCUGAAGAGCACCAUGUAAUGGAAAAGAGAGAAGAACAACCGGCAGCUAUGAAUGCUUUUGAGUUAAUUUCUAUGUCAAAAGGGUUAAACCUCGGGAAUCUGUUUGAUGCAGAACAGGGAUUUAAGAGAGAAACAAGGUUUACAUCUAAAUGUCCUGCUAAUGAGAUUAUCCAUAAGAUUGAGGAAGCUGCAAAGCCUCUCGGGUUUGAUGUCCGCAAGAAAAACUACAAGAUGAGACUUGAGAAUUUGAAAGCUGGGAGGAAAGGAAACCUUAAUGUGGCCACAGAGAUAUUUCAAGUGGCACCUUCUUUACAUAUGGUUGAGGUGAGAAAAGCAAAAGGGGACACAUUGGAAUUCCAUAAGUUCUAUAAAAACCUUUCGACCUGUCUCGAAGAUGUUGUUUGGAAAACCGAGGAGGACAUGCAAGAAGUGAAGUAAAAUGUAUGGCUGCUCAUUUUUCAAGUGUAAUGACUUUGGUAUAUUGUCCAUGCUGUUGUUGAAUGUUCCUCAGUUGCUCUAUACCUUCAUUCUUUUGUCCCUAUCUUUUUGUUUUUUGGGAUUGUUUUCCUUGUAUGAUUAAACAGCCAUGGUUCUUCCAAUUGUUUUCCCUGUUAUUAGUGUUGGAAAGCAUUGACGAUUCUCAUGGAAUGCACUGGCUUGGUUUACCCUUC